CUGCACAGGACUCACCUUCUGCCCCAAGCUCACCUGCACAAAACUCACACCUAAAAGCUGGUGUGAAAGUUGCGCAUCCUUCAAUUGCUCUUUACAUUGCACCUCAUCUUAGAGAUCCGUCUUUGCGAGCGCUUCGUCCCCAACAGCGGUACAGCACUUCUCGUCCCUAUCGCCCCAUCCCCGCCCGCAGUGAAUCAAAGCAACACCCGAUUUCUUCUGAGACCCGGCCCACCUUCUUUAAGUCUCACCUCGUCAGCCCUCCUCCAAACCCCUCUCGACUGAGAGGAGAGGUCACACACGCUCCGGUUCACUCUCAACCACCACCCCCGUCUUCUGAAGCUCAGAAGGACACAGACCUGCAGGGUAAGUAAUCGCAUAGAGGCGUACCCACAUAUCAUGGCAUAGCUAAAGAUAAGGGAACCGACAGAGACCAAAGAAACCGAGGUCGAGAAGAUGUCUGACACCAGCUCCGAUGAGAUAAUGCUGGCUCGUGGAAACAAGUUUCGAGGCAGCAAACAAGAACCACCAGUCCUAGCCAAGCCAUCUCAACAUGCCGAGGAGCGAGCUACGCACAAGAGCUCCAAGGGUCGCAAGCCUUCGAAUGUCCAGCCAGAUUCCGACAGCUCACUCGAGCAACAAGAGAAUGUUCGAGCAGGCAAUGCUCCUGGCCCAUCCGCUGCUCCCAAUCAGGGGAAGCUGGAUGCGAGGGAGGAGUUGCGACGACUGCGGGAAGGAAUGGGUAUGGAGAUCAUCAAGAAUGCCCAUAACAACCGCUUCAAGAACUAUGACCGCGAUACUGCAAGUCCAGAGUGCUUGGUCUCUUGCAGAACUGGACCAGGGACCGACCCGAAGUCAGAGUUCUACCGGAUCAUGGCAAGGCGUCGUCGCGCAGGGAAAGUCGCCAUCGUUAUUCUAAAGGAAAAGUCUUCUUCCUCAGCUGACCCAUCCUCUGAUGUAGAAGACGAAAAAGAAGUACAAGAAGUGGCCAUGGACCCCCUCGCUGCAGAGAUAAAGCAUGUUGCGCAAUGGGACGCAUACCAGGAAAGCCCUCACGUCUACCCGAUCGUUGAGGACGGAAACAUGCGUUUAUCAAGGACUCCAACGGCAGAGCAUAAGCGCAUCGAACAGCAGAUGUCGCAAACUGGUAUCGAUCUGGCCAACGCAGAGGUGGACAAGGACAUGCCACGCCCCGGUAACAAAUGGACCGACGCCUUCUACGCGGACUGGGAAUACCGGCCUCGCGCAUGUUCUAGCUUCGAGGCCUUCCGUGACUGGUUCCGCCGCUGGCUCGACUCCACCACCCAGAUCUGCUGCUAUGCCGAUAUCUACCACAAAUCUUUCUUUGAUGGCACAGCGCAUCCCGACGGCAUACGCACCAUGUACAUACCCAAUCUGGAAGACGAGGAGAUUUUCCUUGACACGAGCGACGAAUUGACCAUGCUCCAUGCACACGAGACUGCGGAGGGAUACAGCCACAACUAUGUGCUGCGUAGCCGAAAGAAAGAACAGGAGGCGCAGCUUCGCAAGGAGUUGAAUCGAAAGGCCUACAUCGAAGCCAUGAGGACCCCACCCCGGGAGAAUCCCAAUUCUCCCAAGGCAAACAUCUACCUGCGACCUGCCCAGCUCGAAGACUCCGCCGGCAUUCGCAAGAUCAUGAACUGGUACGCCGAAGAGUCCACAUUGAGCACCGACACCCACACCCUCGAAACGGGCGAAGUGCGCCAGCGUAUCGAAAACUGCCUGGAGAACAAACUGCCCUUCAUCGUCGCAGUUGGCCGUAGAACGGGUCCCAGUCGAGAAAACCAGCCCGAGAAGAUCCUAGGCUAUGCCUUGGCCAAUGACACCGUCGGCCUCAAGAGCAGCGGUCGGUACACCGCGGAGCUCCAAGUGUUCGUCCGAGACGGACACAAGCGCCAGGGCAUCGGACGGUGUCUGAUGGACAAGCUCCUGGAGGUCUGCGAUCCCACCUACAUCCCCAAACUCGGCUACUCCUUCAACGCCAGCUUUGACGACCAGCCGAGGUUCCGCACCGGGGGUUGCCGCCGGCUGGCUCGCCUGAUCUUCGCCGUUGGCUAUCAGUCUGACCGAGGCUCUCAGGUCCAGUGGUUAAAGGAUUGGCUGCUCGAGAAGUGGGAGUUCGAGGAGCAGGCCGUUCUGAAAGGAGCGCGGGUCAAAUUCGAUCACUUCAACGACGUCGCAUAUCUUGUGCGGACCAUUGGGUACAGCUCCAAUACCAAAUUCGAAUACUAA